GUGAGAGAGGCAUUUGUUUGACUAGUCAUAUUCUCACCAAACCCUCAGAAUCAACGGAUCUGGGGGCCAUCUUUGAGGAAACGUUUGGGUUUAUCGUGUGCUAUUGGUUGCGCAGGCCUGCAAUGUUCAGGCCCCUCAUUAUGGCGCAGAUGCGCAGGACCAACGCACACCGCGGGAGAUCCAAGUGGAUCGAUCUAGUGUCCAGAUCUCAAGUAAGUGGUAUCGUGAAAUACAGUAUGAAGUUCCUGAUCAUUCUUAAAGGAAGUCACAAGUGCCGUGUUUCGUUCUUGCUGUACUCUACUCACCGAUCAUUCCUUACUUUUCUCAACACUUGACUUAGUUGUGCUGUUCUAGCGAAAAAUCAUUUUGAUAUUACUCGGUCAUUUUUAGAUCCCUCUCGUUGCUUUCACACUUCUCUAUGAUUCACACAGCACUAUUAUAAAAUGCUUUAUUCAUUCAUGUAAAGACUCGCUCUUUCGCAUCAGACGCUCUUUACGUUUGGUACCACUCCUCAAGGGAAGCAGAGGAUGUGUGCGUAUCUCUGAAUUCAUCACUGCUAAUAUGCAUGAUCACAUAUAACAGUCCAACUAUUUUACUAUUUCCUGGUCGGUUGAGGACUCCACGAUCAUGAGAUUGAAGCCGACUUCUAACGCCUUUCGAUUUUAUUUGACACCUUUCUAAUGUAUCUUUACACUGCCCUGUUUGGGCUCAUGACGGGAGUGGUAGCUCAAUCUACUGUAGAUUAUUCACAACAUGUUCUCACAUCAAAUGGCGAGGCCAGUGGAGGCAAUACUUUCCCUGGAGUUUCUUUACCUUUUGGGAUGGUCAAGCUUGGGCCUGACAUGUUCACGGGAAGUGAUAGCUAUUCUGGAGCUGCAUUACGUGGCAACUUUACCGGAUUUUCCAUGAUGCACGAGAGCGGAACUGGGGGAUCACCGAAAUAUGGUGUUGUCUCACAGAUGCCGAUACUUGGGAAUAUAACCAACCCACUGGUUAACCUGAAUGAUACUCGAGCCUCUGCCGAUAUCACAUCGGUAGGAUAUUACAAAGCCUCGCUAGGAAGUAACAUCACUGUCGAAUUGGGAGCAACAAGUCGUGCGGGCUUUUAUCAAUACACAUUCCCGGAGGGAAGAGGUACCCCAAACGUAGUUGUUGAUGUGUCUCACGUAUUACCAUCCUACCGAAAACAAGGCCUUUCUCAAAAUUACCUUGGCGGAAAUAUUACCGUACUAGAGGAUGGGCAUUAUGAAGGAUCUGGUGAUUAUAACAAUGGAUGGAAUAUGGCACCUGACUGGAGAAUAUACUUUUGUGGCUACUUCGAAAGCCCCGCGACGACAAAGACAUUUACCGGAACGAGCCUCAAUGGAAGCGCAGUUGCAAGUUAUGAUACGGAGAGAUCAGCUUCUUCCAAAACUCGACUGGGAGCCGUAUUCAGCUUCAAUACUACAACGGUAGUCUCCAGAGUAGGAAUAUCUUUUAUGUCAUCAGCCCAGGCCUGUGAAAACGUCAAUUCACAAAUACCUUCUGGUACAACGCUCUCCACCUUGACCAAUGAUGCGAAAAAUGUCUGGAAUACCGAGGUUUUAUCCAAAGUCACGACUACCGAGACCAAUAAAACCAAUUUGCAGUUGUUAUAUAGUUCCCUAUAUUUCAUGCACCUACUACCAUCCAAUCGGACUGGGGAAAACCCACUCUGGAUUUCAUCAGAGCCAUACUAUGAUGAUACCUUUACGACUUGGGAUCUAUUUCGGUGUACUUUUUCGUUACUUCAUAUACUUCAACCGGUAGCAUAUGAGGAGUAUAUCCGAUCAUUGAUUGAUAUAUUUCGAUUUGAGGGUUAUAUGCCAGAUGCCAGGUCCUCAAAUUUUAAUGGCGCAAUACAAGGGGGGACUAACUCUGAUAAUGUGCUAGCUGAUGCCUAUGUAAAGGGAGUAAGAGGGGCAGUGAAUUGGACCACCGGUUAUCAAGCUAUGGUCAAAGAUGCUGAAGUUACCCCAGCUAAUAAUAACGAUCCUCGAGACAAUUCAUCUUCGACAAAAGAAGGUCGUGGAGCACUUCCCGAUUGGUUACAGCAUGGGUAUAUUACACCAAAAUAUGGCCGAUCUGUGUCUCGAGCUGUCGAGUAUUCUUUUAACGACUUUUCCCUUUAUCAAGUAGCGACUGGGUUAGGAAUAAAAGACGACGCAAUGAAGUAUUUGAAGAGGUCCCGUUAUUGGGUAAACCACUGGAACCCAAAUGCUACUUCUCUAGGGUUUAAUGGAUUUCUUGUUCCUAGAAGUGCUUUAGGAUUUAUCAAGCAGGACCCACUCUCAUGUGGUGGAUGUUAUUGGGGAGAUGCUUACUAUGAAGCACUGCCUUGGGAAUAUUCUUUCAACAUGCAUCAUGACAUGAACACACUGAUCGCAUUAUCAGGUGGACCAUCAACAUUCGUCAAUCGUCUUGACACCAUGUUUAAACCUGGAAUCAACACCUCUGGGCGCUCCUCAGCAUUCAACAACACGAUUUUUAACCCAGGCAACGAGCCAUCAUUCACCACACCUUACUUGUAUAAUUACGUGGGAAGACAAGAUUUGAGUGUGAUGCAAUCCCGAUACAUUGCAAAGUCAUAUUAUUCACCUACACCUGGUGGGUUACCGGGGAAUAGCGAUGCUGGCGCAAUGGAAUCAUGGUUAAUUUGGAAUAUGCUUGGUUUAUACCCUAUGGUAGGGCAAACCACCUUCUUAAUUGGCAGCCCAUGGUUUGCCAACACAACUAUUCAACUUGGUGGCGGAAAAACACUUGCUAUGACCACUGUUAACGGAUCCGAGUCUUCCUUCUAUGUCCAAUCUCUCAAAGUUAAUGGGAAACCAUGGAAUCAAUCAUGGCUUACCUGGAACGAUGUCUUUGCGAAUGGUGGAACAAUGGAUUUUGUUCUUGGAUCUCAACCCUCCAAUUGGACAACGGGGCCAGCACCACCAAGUCCAGCGAGCAUGGUCAGCGAUACUGCCGAUCCCAACAGUAUUCUGACGCCGGUGCCCACAGCUCCCGAUCCUAAGUCCCAUAAUGGCUUUGAGAGAGAGAGGAAAAAAGCAAUGAUGAGAAUGAUUGCUUUUGUGAUUUUAGCUAUAACUGUAGUAACAAUUUCUUGCGCAGGAAUUUGGCAUUGGCGAAAAAGAAAUGCUACAACGAAAGUUGAUAUUGUUGAUCAAGAAAAAGGACCUAAACAGGCAGAUGUGUCUGCACGAGAAAAUGAAUCUAGUAGCAAAGGCUACAAACAAAAGUUAAUGAGAUGGAUUAGAUGGAUACCAAAUGGUGCUCCAAAGAGGGAUUUGAAUAGGUCAAUCACUACCAAGAAUGACGUUGGGAGUAUCAGUGAAGAUACUAUGGUUGAUAUGAAAGACUCAGACAAUCAAAGUCCUGGGAAAGCACCUAUGAUUAAAGUGAAAGGAGUGCAUGAGACUUCAUCUGAAGAAGCUCUUGAACCUUGGACGCCCUCUGGAACAAACAGAAGGAUAUUUGAUGAGAGGAGCUAGACUAUAAACGAAUAACGAAAACAAAAGCUGCACAUAUACUAGAUGAUUAGAUGUAAAUUUAAAUAAUAGAAAGACGAUAGAUUCGUA